CUGUGUGUGACAGGGAUGAGGGGAUGAGCUUCAUAUCUGGGAAUGUGGCCGGAUUCUGAAAUAGGAGAUGAGGGUAUAUAUGAUGCUGGAGUUCAGUCUCACUGCUGAUGUUUUGCCCAGUUUCUAACUAAGGAUCCAGUCCUGUGUGAGCCUCCUCUGUUCCAUCAUCAGAGUGUGUGUGUGUGUGUGUGUGUGUGUGUGUGUGUGUGCGUGCACGCGUGUGCAUCUGGAAACAGGGAUCAUGAGCUCAAAGGGGGCAAACCUGCACAACGAACAUCAGGCACAAGUAGCUCUUCUAUUGGAUCGGACUACACGGGCUAGACUCCUGCAUCAGUGAGCCUGUCGCCAGUUUACCGGGUUUGCUUCCUUGGAUUACUUUUGUGGGAGGAAACCGGAGAACCCGAAGGAAUCCCACCAAGCACAGGGAGAACAUGCAAACUCCAUGCACACAGAACCUAGGACCUGGAGCUGAAUCUGAGAACCCUCUGAAGCUGACGGACAUGGACGCGGCCCAGCAGCUGAAGCUCAGGGAAAGACAGCGCUUCUUUGAGGAGGCCUUCCAGCACGAUGUGGACGUUUACUUCUCCUCAGCACACUUGCAGAUAGAUUACAAGAGGGCUCCCAUGAGCAGCAUCUCAUCCAUGGAGGUCAACGUGGACAUGCUGGAGCAAAUGGACCUUUUGGACAUCUCGGAUCAGGAGGCCCUGGAUGUGUUUCUCGCCUCGACCGAGGAGGACGACGCAUGUUCGUGUCCACUAGAAGGUCUUGCGGGCAGUAGUGACAUCAAUGCUGCGCUGAGGGAAGAAAUCUCUCUGAGGGUCCCAGACACCUGUGAGCUCAAAUCACGGAUAUCCUCCACUUCCUCCACCGCCACAUCCGACAGCCAGGGGGAGGACGGAGCCGAAACCCCUGUGGUCCAGUCGGAUGAUGAGGAUGUCGCCGUUGAUGAUGACGAUGGGCUUUUGAUACAUGGUACACCUCCAGCCAACGGUGCAGGAGAAGGAUCUGAGCUGUCUCUAUGAACUGCGUCACGGGUCACGCCUCACGGAUCCUGUCUUCUACUGUUUGUGUGCUCUUACAGACUUUUCUCUGGUAGGCUGCCUGGUUCUACGUACCGUAAACGUACAUGUAUUCUAAUGUGCGUGUAUUUCAUCAGUCUACGAUGAAGAUUUCCAUUCACCUGAACUGCUGCUGUAGCUCAUAAUGCGUAUAUGAUGCAUACAUGCCACUGUCCGUCUUGUGCUGCUUGUAAGAUGAUGGGAGAUGAACAAAAUCUUACACACAGAUUACAGAAAGUAAAAGAAACCUUAGUCUUCUGUUAUAUAUAAAAUGUGCCUCACUCUACAGUGCAUUAAUCUCCUGCCUUUCUUUCACGCCUGUAUGUUAUGUCCUUACAUCGUCUCCAUGAUACUUAUCAUUUUUUUCAUAUUAAAGUAAAUGCAAAUAUGAGUUUGGAAUAUUCAUGUCUGGAUAAAAUGCAUGUUUACCUGUUUUUAGUAAUGAGUGUUAAUGAAAGGCAGCAUGGAAUACAGAGACUAAUUAAGUUCACACUGUUUGCUGUUAUUAACUACAUCCGAACACAAAGCGCGGCACAAUUGGGAUGAUAAUAAUGCUGAUGUAGUACUCAUUUACACCUCUUUGAUUAAAAAAAAAAGGACAACCAAAAAAAAAAAAACUUUAUUCAUUUUAAAGAACUGUGCGAUGCAUUGCUUUGGUCUAGGAUACUGUUAAGGGUUUAUCUACAACCAAUCCAUUCAUUUAUUUAUUCAUCUCUUAUCAGCACUUUAAGCUUAAUCAAUUAACUCGAAUGUGUUUAUUUUGCAGGUUUAUUAUAUCAAGAAUAAAAUCCUAAUCAGGCAAUAUCACACGAGGAGUGCUGUUUAUGCCCUCGUGCCUACGACUGCAUCACAGUAGUGCUGAUAUCCAGCACAACAGCAUGGCCCUGAGUGUGAUAUUGCCUUUAUAAAACAGUUCAAGAUCAUGAUUUGUUUGUUUAUUAGUUUGCUCACCCAUAUUAAACUCUUACUCUAAGUAACCGGAACUGGCAGAGCUGGCGACUGACAAGUAGUGUGAAAGUAGUUUAAUUAUUACUGCUACUGUGCAGUCAAUAUGUAAGGAGAAUAAAAGAUGGAAGUUGUGGACAGUCCUGUAAA